AUGGCCUUGGCUAGGAUAAUAAUUUUUGAUGAAUUACCUUUUAGGUUUGUUGAGCAUGGCGGGUUCAUUGAUUUUAUGGCAGAGGUAGAGCAUAGGUUUGAAGUUCCCUCUCGGGUUACUGUUGCAAGAGAUUGUCUUAGACUUUACAUUAGGGAGAGGGAGAGUUUAAGAAAGGUUUUAAUGGCUAGUCAAAGGGGGAUUGAUCAUAUUUUUACAAUUACUGUUGAUAAUGCAAGUUCAAAUGAUGUGGCCAUAGAAUAUCUUAGGAGGAAAACAAAGGAUAGGGUGGGUAGCCUCUUGGGUUGUGAGUUCCUUCAUAUGCGUUGUUGUGCCUAUAUUUUGAAUUUAAUUGUGCAAGAUGAGCUAAAGGACCUUAAUGAGUCAAUUGUUAAGGUUCGUAAUGUAGUGAGGUGGAAUUCAACUUACUUGAUGUUAGAAAGUGCACUAAAGUUUGUGGCUGCAUUUGAAAGGAUAGAGGAAGAUGAUGGAUUUUCUGGUUCCUUGUUUGUGACUACUAAUGUAUAUUUCCAUGAGCUUGUUAGUUUUCAAGACCAGUUAAAUCAAUUGUGUAAUGGUAAGGGUGAUCCUUUGUUAAAGGGUAUGGCACAAAGAAUGAAAUUGAAGUAUGAUAAGUAUUGGGGAAGUGUUGAUAGGAUAAAUCCGAUGUUGUUUGUGGCUGUUGUGGUUGAUUCUAGAUAUAAAUUGAAAUAUGUGAAGUUUUGGUUUAAGCAAUUGUAUGACAAGGAGAAGGCUGAUGAGUUAGGAUUGAGAGUUAGGGAAGCUUUGAAUAGAUUGUACAAGCACUAUAGUGAAGCAAUGGGGACCCCAUGUGGUGCUAGUGCUAGUAGGACUAGUGAGUUUGGUAGUAGUGAUGUUACUGCCAUGUCCUCCAUGCUAAGUGGCUUUGGUAGUGCAGAAGAGAGGAUGAAGAGGCACAAUAACAUUUACAAACAGCACUUAGCAGAUGAGGAUAGUGUAGAAUGCAAAUCUGAAUUGGAUCGAUACUUGUUAGAAGAUAGUGUAGAUCCAGAGAUGGAAGGUUUUGAUAUUUUUGAUUGGUGA